GUCAACGAUCUCUUGGAAUUUACAUUACGAAGGUUAGAAUAGCAGCUGGCGUCUAGCUUGGUUCAUGCUAUCUCAUUGAUGAACGGAGGAAAGCAUCGGGACAUCAGUAUACUUCAUUCUCUCCGCUGGAUAUCUGCCAUCAUUCAUCUUAUUUCUACUUUGAAAGUGAAUUUCUAAUUGAAAUAUGUUUGGAGAAAUAUUGCUGGAUAGAACGUUGGCUUCAUUUACUGUCUGUAGAUGGUGUUUACAAAGACUUUCAGCAGAAGUGUUCCGACUUUUAACCACGUUUCGACGUCGUCAACAUUCACGUCGUUUCGUCAUCGCAGUCCUGUCUACGAUUCUGCUCUAUUAUCUGCUGUUAUCGACGAUCUCAUACACCAGGCGACCACGAAAACGAAAAACUCCACCUAUUCUUUCACAUUUUAUGUUCGAGAGCAUGCAUGGAAACGUUAACGAGUCUUCAAAUUUUACAAAGCAAAUAUGGGUUUUCAACAACAGUGAUGCAGAGCGAAUUUAUCUCUAUGCCAAUCUUCUGCAAAAGCUUCCUUGGAAGGCCAAUCCACAACACCUUGAUAAUUUUAGACGUGAGCUGAAUGCAGAGACCAAUGUCAGUACAGAUCGUGAUCUCAUCUUGACCCAAACCAAUGUCCAGCUUGACCAAGAAAUGCCAUGUUACUUCGACACUAAAAAAUCAAUGCUGAAGUAUCCACACUUCGUGGCUACCAAGGAUUUCAUGUCUACAUUGCCGAAGGAAUCGCCAUUAAAGGGGAAACGCUACGAGAAGUGUGCUGUCAUAGGAAACAGUGGAUCAUUAAAGCAAAGUACCUGUGGUUCACAGAUAGAUGGCAUGGACUUCGUAUUCAGAUGUAAUGGAGCACCCUUGGAAGGUUUUGUAACGGAUGCUGGGAAGCGAACAGACUUCCUUACUUUCAACCCUAGUAUACUAUAUAAGCGAUUUGGUGGACUCGUGAACGAGAGUAUGAUCGAGUCCUACAUCACAUUCAUGAAGCAGUACGAUAGCAUGGUAUGGUAUCCAUGCUUCGGCUCCAGACAGUUAGUUGAACCAUGUAUCAAAGCUAUUAGUUAUCAUGAUCAGGUAGAUUCUCGACUCGUGAUUGGUCACCCUUCACAUUACGUCAGUAUAUGGGAGUUCUGGAAGAGGCGUGGUCUAAGGAAAAAACCAUCGACAGGUCUGUACCUGGUUAGCCUAGCUGCUACUCUGUGCAAUGAGAUUCAUCUCUACGGGUUCUGGCCUUUCCCAAUCCAGCUACAUGAAGGAAAAGUUCAAGAAACAGCUUAUCAUUACUUCAAUAACCUUCCUUUCACAAGUCACCAUAGUUCUGAUUCAGAGUUUAGAUUACUCUUACAAAUGCAUAUGCUAGGGUCUGUAAACCUUCACAUGGGAACAUGUACGCAGUGAUUAAUCACUUCAGGUUAUAUGCCUACACUCAUCGACCAUUAUAGCUCCAUUUGGUGUCAUAAUGGUUUUGUAAGCAUCACGUUGACAAUACCGUCAACAGGAAGACUUUUAGACACCUAUCAACGCAUUGACACCAUUAUGAAAGGGGAAAAUCCACCGAAUAAUAAGCUGGAAUCAUAUUUAUUUUAAAAAUACACAAGAGAAAGAAAUUAGUGAGAGUUUGAGCAAUGUCAAAAGUAGGAAAGUUAUGCAUUUUCAAAGUUGUCAUCAGUGAAACACAAAUUGGCAACGUUGUGGCGAAUCUUGCAAGAUCCUCUCCGAUGACCAAGACUUCCCUUACAUCUGCAUAGUAAUAACCGUAAUAAUUAUAUCAAUAAUAACAAUAAUAAUCAUAAUAAUCAUAAUAAUAAUAGUAAGUCACAUUUGUAUAUCACUUUAUAAUAUUACGUUUCUAAGCUCUUUACAUUGUAAUUAUCUAUAUAGCUUAAUAGUAUGGACUAUAUGGAAUUGUUUGUAACCAUUUAGUUGACAAUGCCUAUCGGGAAGUUAACCUUUAAAGAGACCUAUGAAUGCACUGACAAUAUCAAUAACGACAAUAAUUAAAUAAUACGAUGACAAUUUAGUCCAAUCUCAAGAAAAUUGCUUUUAAAGAAUCCAGCAGGAAACACUCUGAUCCCAGUCUCAAUUCAACACGAUUAGAUUGAUCUCGAACUGAUCUGGGAGCAUUUGAAAGUGAGAUGAUGUGGUCUCAUGGAAAUGUUGCGGAAACGAAGUACGGGGUUCGAAUCUAUUUUGCAUCAAUAACUUCCCGAUGGCAAGACUUUACAGUACUCUG